GAGAGGACUAAGCCAGAGCUCCCAGACGGGGACACAUUGUUUUUGUUCUGUGGAAAACCCACAACAAUCUCAUCAGCUUUUUAAUAACGGGUUUAAGAUAUGACAAGAUCAAAUUUAUUCCCAAAGGAGAGUCAAUGUGAAAAAAAGCAACCUUUGAGGACUUCUGACAAAGAAGCAAAGAAAUGAUCACAUGGAGGCUGAGUGGCAUCAGUGGGCAGAGAGCUACAGCGAUGAGGAGAGCAGCGACUCAGAGGAUUUCAUGUGUGGAAUCCAGGUGGGAGUAGCUAAAGCCUGGAGGAUUAAUCCAUCAGAGCCGAUCGUCAUCCGACUUCACUUCUCCCCGUCUCAGUAUCUGGAUGGACCUGUGCCCUCUGUGGAAGUCUUUCAACCAUCGAAUACUGAGGAUACGUUCAGUGUAGGAAGGCAACUGAAAAAUAUUCUUACAGUCUUCAUAGCUCAGGAGUGGAAACACCUGACAAACUGCCCUGUUGUCCAGAAAAGGAGCAAACACAACUGGUUGAGACCCAGUGGGACCAUCAAGAAGUUCAGCUCUCGAUUUAGUUUAUGGUUACCACCGCCGAGGUCAAAUGAGAUCCAGCAACUGUCAGGCAAAGACAGGAAAGCAAGAAGACAGAAUCAUUUUACAAACCAAACGACUUCUUACAACAUCAAGAACCCAACAGGAGAACUGUUUACAUACACAGCUGGAGGAAAGAAAGUGAUGGUUUCAGCAGUCAAAUCUUCAGCACAUCUGAGCCCCAAACAGCUGGUGGAGCUGCUGUUCACCUCCCAGGCCAUCAGACAUUGUAAAAGCACCCCCACCCUGCAGCAUGGCUUCCUGGUUCAGAUAAUGAGGUAUGCUGAGCAGAGAAUCCCCACACUGAAUGAAUACUGCAUUGUCUGUGAUGAACGCCAUGUCUUCCAAAAUGGGCCCAUGCUGAAGACUGCUGUUUGCACACGGGAGCUGUGCGUAUUUUCCUUUCACACACUCGGAGUUAUGUCUGCAGCAACAGAAGAGGUUGCCACCGGUGCAGAGGUGAUUGACCUGCUGGUGGCCAUGUGCAGAGCUGCUCUUCUGUCAUCACGCAAAAGCAUCAUAUUUGAACCGUAUCCCUCCGUUGUUGACCCAUGCAACCCCAAAACUCUGGCCUUCAAUCCUAAGAGAAAGAGCUUUAAACGGCUGCAGAAAGCUCUGGAUGGCGUGCUGCUAGUCAGGAAGAUGGCUCAGCGACUGAAGUUUAUGUGCACCCCCCAUCAGUUCCUGCUGGUCAGCGCACCUCCAUCUAAAGAGAUCCGCUUUCAAACGGCCAGAAAACUUUACGGCAGCACUUUUGCCUUCCACGGUUCUCACAUUGAAAACUGGCACUCUAUUUUAAGAAGAGGCCUCAUCAAUGCAUCAUAUACAAAAUUACAGCUUCAUGGAGCCGCUUAUGGGAAAGGAAUAUAUCUGAGUCCCAUUUCAAACAUAUCUUUCGGAUAUUCUGACAUGGGUAAAGGUCAACACCAGAUACCGACCAGAGAUGAACUAAUUGCAAAAUACAACCGAAUUAAUAUAAUAAAACAGGAAGAAGCAGGGCAACCAAGGUUUCUGCAAAGCGCCAACCUGAGCUGCAUUGCACUCUGUGAAGUCGUAACUUCAAAGGCCCUUCAGAAGCACGGGAACGUUUGGGUUUGUCCGGUGUCGGACCAUGUGUGCACACGUUUCCUGUUUGUGUAUGAAAACGGUCGGGUGGGAGAUGUGCACAUCAACUCGCAAGACGCACAAAUCCAGAGGGAAAUUUUACAGGCGACUGGAUCCGAGCCCUGCUGAGAAAACCAGUGCACUUUCCUGCAAGUGUAUCAAUGAAC